UGUGAAAAGUAAACUGUGUUGGUACCAGCAGUCUUGGUCUUGGUCUUGUUGUUGAUGGUCUUGGUGUCUGUCCUGUCUGAUGGCUGAUGUCAUUGGUUUUUGUUGGUGACGUACGUGUGCAUCUAAUGGCGGUUUAAUUAUAUAUGUGUAAAGACAUAUAUACAUGUAGGUGGAGUGUGGAGGUAAAUAUACCGAGGUAGAAGAUUGAAAAUGUAUUUCCAAGCUUUACUUGGCAACGAGACUCCGCCAUCAUAGUGUCAUUUUUUAUUGUCAUUAAUAAAUAACAAUUGAUGAAGACAGGGUUUUAAUUUUUAUUUAUGACGUCUGUCGGUAUUGAUGAAGGAAUAAAAACCAAUUGAAAAAUGACAAGUUCUUCUGAGUGCGGAAGUGAUAACAGAACGUUAUCAGAACCGAGUCUAAGGCUUACUGAGAAAUUAAUUAUGGUUGAGACUGAUUACAGUAACUAUUGAAGUCUGGUUGAUUAAUGAGCUGGUGAUCGUUGUAUUUUGUUGGUAAUUUUAUUAUAAAUUAAGUGGAGAUCAAGCAAGUUGAUAAUUGACAAAAGAUGUCGGGAGGUGAAAGGAAAAAACGAGGUGGUGAUAAAGGACAAGGCUGGGAGGAAGCUGGUGCUGAAUUUUAUCAAGAACGUUAUCCUGCAGCAGUAGAAGCUGAUUUGCAGCAGGCACUGCGUGACCCGUCCCAUAUUGCUACUCUGUUGCCGAGUAAAAAGUCACGUGUUGCUACAGCUAAGCGGAUAAGAAAUGAACCAAAGGCGACACUCAGAAGACGUACCAGCACGCGAUCACGAUGUGCUACCAGCACAGCAAGACGUAUGUCAACAAAUGCGCCAAAUGUUGAUACCGCGGUAUCAAUGCUGCCCGAUUUAUCUGAAAAUUUAUCUAAUGAAGAACGUACUUGGGAGGAAAUAAUGCAGAUAAAAGCCAUGCCUGUUUGUAUGGCACAAAAGAUACUAUUGAAACGACAGCUACAGAACGCAACAAAAUUAAGACUCCAGGGUUUCGAGCAGCUGAAAUGGCAGCGCAGAAAAGCCUGGCAACAGUUCAAAGCCCGGUUGAAAGAAACUUACGCGAAAAUGGAACUUUGGAGCACGAGUUUUAAAAAAAUCGGCGGUAAUUUUGGCAUGGGAAUUGUUGCAUACUUUUUAUUUAUUAAGUGGCUAAUGUUUCUAAAUAUAACAUUAUUUAUUGUUAUAUUUUCAUUCAUAAUAUUGCCAACAAUUUUGUUAAUUGACGAGCCAGAGCCCUGUACCGGCAACAAUACCUCCAGUGUGUCGUGCUCAUCAGAAGCUUACUGGAAUUCCUCGGAAUCAGGAAACACAUUUGUUGACAUAAUGCAAGCACGUGGUAUUUUAGAACGUACAUUAAUAUUCUACGGGGCUUACACUAAUCAAAUUUACGGUGAAAAUGGCAAUGGCUCGUAUUACAAUUUACCGUUGGCUUAUAUAUUCACUAUAAUUGCCGUUACUUUGAUUAGUUUGGUCGCGAUAAUACGGUCUGCUGCCAAAGGCUUCAAGGAACGCGUGGUCGAGGGCGAGGGACAGUUUUAUCAGUACUGCAAUUUAAUUUUUGGCGGUUGGGAUUUUUGUAUACAAAAUGAAAAAGCCGCAGAGAUUAAACACAAAGCGCUUUACAAUGAGAUCAAAGCCUUUUUAGAAGCCGAGAGACUGGAGGAAGAACGACAAAAUCGUACGCGCGAAGAGAGAAUUAAAUUAUUUUUCGUUCGUUUCAUUGUUAAUAUAUUAGUUAUGCUAGUCCUGAGUGCAUGUGGUGUUUUUAUAUACUAUAUUAUUGAACUUUCGUUUGACAAAGUCGAAUAUCCAUUUUCAUCACAAGCUGAUACGUCCUCUUACAUAUCCAUUGAACGUAUUAUCCAAAUAAUAUACGAAUUUUUACCCUACAUCUGUAUUGUCGGAUUGAAUGUCGUCGUUCCUUUUCUAUUUCGUUAUCUAGUUGCUCUAGAGCACUACAAUCCGCUGUUCGUUAUAAGACUAACCCUAUUUAGAAUAGUCUUCCUGCGUCUUGCGUCGUUAGCCGUAUUGCUGACGAGUUUUUACAAAAAAAUAUCAAUUGACGAUAAUGCUGAGGAUGAUCAGGAACUGCCACGACAUGUCAGCAAAACAAUUCAUCAUCGUCCUCAAUGCUGGGAGACUUUUGUCGGCCAACAAUUUGUUAAACUCUAUCUGACAGAUUUUUCUACACAAUUUUUCGUAACAUUUUUUAUAAAUUUUCCCCGUUCACUUAUUGCCCGUCACAGUGAAAAUAAAUUUAUACGUUUCAUCGGCGAACAAGAAUUUGAUUUGCCAAGACACAUUUUGGAUAUCGUUUACUCUCAAACAAUAUGUUGGAUCGGUAUGUUUUUCGUACCAGUACUGCCAUUAAUUUCGACAAUCGGCUGUUUCUUUUUGUUUUAUAUUAAAAAAUUUUCGUGUUUAGUAAAUAGCACACCUUCAAGUCAAGUGUAUCGAGCUAGUCGUUCGAAUUCCAUGUUUAUGUUUGUACUGUUGGUGUCAUUUAUACUGGCGAUAAGUCCAGUGGCCUAUUCAAUUGCUGAAAUAGAACCAUCGAAAUCCUGUGGACCAUUUCGUGGCCUCAAUACUGUAUGGACACUUGUCAUACAAACUUUCUUACGUUUCCCCGAGUGGAUACAAAAGAUACUAUUUUUUAUCGGCACUGCCGGAUUCGGAAUACCCGCGUUCAUUAUUCUUUCUCUGCUACUCUAUUACUAUUGGGCGGUUGCGGAUGCCAACAAACACAUGGUCGUAGUUCUUAAAAACCAACUGGUACUUGAAGGACACGACAAACAAUUUUUAUUGAAUCGUCUUAGCGCUUUUAUUAAACAGCAGCAAGAGCAAUCCAAGUAUCAAGACCAAGCUAUUGAAUUGAAUAAUUUUUCGUAAAUUAUUUUUUAAUACACUAGCUUUGUCUUUUUUUUUAUUUUAAAUAGUAAUUAGAUUAUUUAUAUAAUAGAGAUAUGUGAAAAUGGUUGAUGUUAAUUAUAAUGUAAUGUGAGUUUUAAUAUUUCGGACGUACAGUGUAAAAAAAAUUACGCGCCAUUCUUAGACAAAGAAUAAAUUAGAAAAAAAAAUUUACACAUAAGAACAUUCAAAAUUUAACGUGAUAAAAAUUAAACAAAACCUAUUUUCACACUAGGUUUAAUAACUAUUAUUUAUGAUAUACAAUUGUAAAUAUUUAUUUAUUUGCCAGUUAGACUUUAAGAAAAAGUUUUAAGGCACUCACUAUUUCUAGUCGGAAUAAUUAUAAUAAUGAGUAAAUAAAUAUUAAAAUAAAUCUCAUGCUUUAUAUGUUCUGAUAUAUUUAAGAUAGUUGAGGUAUCAAUACUUAUAAUUUAUUCAAAAUAAAUUUGUAAGCGAUAAUUUUAAACAAUGGACGAUUUAAGAUAUAGAAAUAUUUAUAUUAUUUAAUUUAAAUAAUAAAUUAUUAUUAUUUAUUUAUGAAACAGACUGAAGAGGACCUCAACUAUCUUAAUGACUGAUAUUUAAUCACUAUUUAUUAUAAAGCUGAUUAACUAUUGGUAAACGAAAUUAAAAAUUGUAUUUUAUCAAUACACACGUUAUUACUGCGCACAUUUAAAGAUUUUAUUCGAUAAAGCAGUAGUGCAAUAUAUUAUUAUUAUUUUUGUAGUUUAGAUAUAUUUAUGCAUCUGCAUUUAUAUUUAUAUUUAUAAAUAAAAUCUAACGAUCGAAGUAUCUAUCGAAGUCUUUUUUUUUAAUGGCUAUUUCGUUAUACUAAAAAUAACUUUUGUACAAAUUUUAUAAUCUAGUAUACGGAGCAUUUAUCGUUAGCAAGUCCAAUAAUUAUUGAUGUAGAUUUAUUUAAUUAUGACCACCAGUGUAAUAAAUAAACGCAUUUAAUUUAAAUUCUAUAAUUAUAAGCUGACGAAAUUAAAUACUACCAACAUCUGGAUUUUGUAACUCGUAAGACUUGUGAUUAGAUAUUAAUGUUCUAGAGAUCUGGUCAGAUUUAUUAAUAACGAAUAAGUAAAUACGCUGAUAAUUCAGUAGAUUUUGAAUACUGCUUUAGAUAUUUUUCAAAUUUAAUUAUUGGAUCAUUUGUACACGGAAAAAAAUGAACUGUAUAAAUUAAGAACGUCAAGUGAUAUAAUGAUAGUGAUCAGUAAAUACUAUCAUUCUAAAUAGUAAUUUUUUCAUUUAUGAUUGAAAUGUGAAUAAUCACAGAAUAAGUACACAGUAAAAAAACUAAUCGUCAAAGUGUAAAAAAAAGCGUAUGUUAAAAUUCUGUGUUGAAUUUUUAACACUUUUGUGUGUAAUUUUAACACACAGUAUUUAUCUUGUUUGAACUGUCGCAAUCGAUUGAUUUUUUACACACAAAAAUGUUAUUUUAUUCGAAAGUAACACUUUUUAGAUUUUACUGUCAAAUCAACACACAAAAUAUCUUAAAAAUAAUCUCGACCAUCACAAAAGAAUUAUUGGAAAAUUUUUGCUUUUAACAUAUGCGUAUGUAACUUUUUUUAACACUCACAUGUUAAAAUAACACGAUCCUGAAGUUACCAGACAAUUAAAAAUUUUUGAAUUUUUUUUUGAAUAAUUAAAUUUGAAGAAAAAAAGAAACUAAAAAUAUGCACAUGUAGAAAAUUUAAAAGACUACAAGUGCAAUUUUUUUAAAUAUUUUUUUUUUUCAUAAUUUAUCGUUUUUUAAAAAAUCAAAAAAUUAUUAGAUGUCGGCUAAUUUACGAUCCUGAAGUUAGCAGACCAUAAAAAUUUUUUGAUUUUUUUUUAAACAAUUAAAUUUGAAGAAAAAAAAAACUAAAAAUAUGUACAUGUAGAAAAUUUAAAAGACUACAAGUGCAAUUUUUUUAAAUAUUUUUUUUUUUUCAUAAUUUGACGUUUUUUAAAAAAUCAAAAAAUUAGUAAACGUCGGCUAAUUUCAGUAUCAUUAAAAUAACACAUAAAUAAGUGUUAAGCUCUCGUUUUACACACGAUAUGUGUUGAUUUUGACGGAUCCUUUUUUGCUGUGUAUGAAAAUUUGUUGUCUAUGUAAGAAAAAUUACUAUUUGAACUUUAAAAAUCGUAACUGAUACUUCAAAAAUUGAAGACACAUCUUAUAAAAUUUAUUAUUUGGAAUGUUAAAAUUUCCCAUGUUGACACCUGGGUUCCAGAUUAUAAUUUCAAACAGUAAUUUUUAAAGUUUAUUUUUUUCUGUGUAAUAGUAUUAAUGCGACCAAUGCCAGCCAUCCCGUGAUACUUGAACUAAAAAAUUUUUUAUUUGACAAAAGAUCAUGUAUCAAUAAUCAUAAAUGUAGAAUGUAACUGAAAUUAAAUAAUAAAAUUAAUGCCGAUCCGUAAUAAUUAUAAUAUACUGAUA